GCCUUCAGUUUUUGAUAGAUCACGUGAAUGUUCUGCUGACAAUAUUAAGUACGGCAGUUACCGCGACAGAUAAAACACUAUUUUAAUUGUUUAUACGCGUUGAAACCCUGUCCUGUACAUGUUUUUUUAGUAUUCGUCACGAAUGCAUGUAGAGUCAUGGACGAGGACGGGCUGCCAAUCGUGGGUUCAGGAAUUGACUUGACAAAGGUUCCUGCCAUACAACAAAAAAGAAUAGUUGCAUUCCUCAACCAGUUUAUUGUGCAUACAGUCCAGUUUCUUAACCGCUUUUCAUCUGUUUGUGAAGAGAAACUGUCAUCAAUCUCCCUGCGUAUUCAGCAAAUUGAAACUACUUUAAACAUUUUGGAAGCUAAGCUGUCAUCCAUCCCUGGCUUAGAAGAUGUGAAGAUAGAGAGUAUAAAUCAAAGAUCAAGUUUAGAAACCAAUGGGCAUGUAUCUGUGGCAGAUCAGACAAACAUGUCAACAGAUACAACUGAGCCACAUCAAAAUACUGGAAGAGUCAAUGAUCAAUCGAAAGCUAAUCCAACUACAGAGAAUGCUCUCACAGUUGCAAAGGACCCUAGAUAUGCCAGAUACUUAAAAAUGGUUCAAGUGGGUGUUCCAGUUAUGGCAAUAAGAAAUAAAAUGAUUGCUGAGGGCCUAGAUCCAGCUCUGCUUGAGAAUCCUGAAGCACCUGUUCCUGAUGGAGGAAUCCAACAAACACAGGAAGAAAGUGACAAUUCAGGCAGUGAAUCUUCAUUCAGUGACUGAUGUUGUUCAGAGUUGUGGAGCAGAUGUUGGCUGUAGGUCUGGUAGCUUUCAGGUUCUGUUGAAGACUCAAGCAUACAAGCUUCUGUAAGCUACCAUGAACAUUAAUUAGCUAUGAGAAUAAAUGGUCAACUAAAUGAUCUAAGUAGGAUUCUGUCCACUCUGGCACUUAAUAUUUCUCAUAGAAAACGUUAAUUUCUUGAAGUUUAUAAUAUAAUUAUCAUUCCUGGAGUAGAUGACUACUACCAUUCCUCAGUAAUUCUCUGGAGCAGCCUGGCAUAUGCUGUGCUUUCUUAGUGAUGCUUUAUCCCCUUAGCUCCAUGCCCUCCGGUCCUCAAGUGGUCUGGCUGCAGCUGAUGGACAGACACCUGAUGGGGCUGACCACUGCUAAUGGCCACAGUCUGCAUCCCAGCUGCAUCUUGCCCUUUUUUUUCUACACCAUAAUAAUGUACAGUAUAUGGAAUUCUUACAUACUGCAAAGGAUUAUUGUGAAUUGAAAAGCAAGUUUGCUUUUACAAUCAAGUUUUAAUGCAAAAUUAAUUUGUUGAGAGAACUGGCAUUUUAAAACAUAAUAUCAAAAAGCAAACAGCUAAUUUUGUUUUUGUACAAUUUUAGGAAAUAUGUGUAUUAUUUACUAACACAGUUGCAAGAAAUAAAAAUCAUAUGAGCUGUUCAAGGUAA